GCGUCAAAAAAAUAAAAAUAAAACAUUUGAAACUGGUUCGCUUUCUUCUCCUUCGUUCUCUCACAGUGGUGUUAGAAUUUCUAUACAAAAUUCAAAAAUGUCAAUGACAAACGAAUCAAGUUGGGUUGGUAGAAAAGCCGUCAAACGCAUUGGUGGAAUGUCCGAUGCACUGUCAAUCGCCGCCGAUCUCGGCUUCUCCGUCUCCUCACCUUCAUCUUCAACCCACGAAUCACUUCAUAAUCCACCCACAACAUCAACGGGUGAAAAAGGUGAAGACUUGAUCAGGGUUUUGAGAGAAUUAACUUCUGUUCAAAGAAAAAUUGCUGAUUUGCAAGUUGAACUUCAAGGGAGAAAGGAUGAUAAAAAUGUUGCACAUUUGACACAUGUGAGUGAAAUGGAGAAAAAGAUUGAGACUUUGGAUAGGAUUACUACUAUUCUUAAAGAUGUUAUUCAUAAUAAGGAUCGCAUAAUUGCUCGUCUGCAGCAGCCAUAUUCCCUGGAUUGCAUUCCUGUUGAAGCAGAAUAUCAGAAACAAUUCUCUGAACUACUGAUGAAGGCAGCUAGUGAUUAUGGUGCCUUGACAGCAUCAGUGGCAGAUUUCCAAUGGAGUCAGAAUUUUAAGGAACCUCCUUCGGUUUGGGGGGAGAUGCUUCGACCAAUUCCUGUAGCAUUGGCAUCUUGCACUCGGUACUUUGAGGCCAUGUCAGCCAAAAGAGAGUCAUUUGCAGCACUUCAAAAACUUAGAGUGGGCCAAUUUGAUUCCUCUGUACCUAUAACACCGGCCAGAGAUCCUUCCCAAAGACUACCAGGAGUAUCUGAUUCCUUAACUUCACUUCCAUCAGAAUAAUGGUACAAGCCAAAGGAUCUUGUCUCGCCCUCUCGGUUGAAGAAGAGUCUUAGUUUUUUAAGAUCUGUCUAUCCUCUGUGUGAUAUAUUAUACUUCACCUGCUUGUGCAUAUCAAUUAUUCAUGGAAUACCUCUUCAGAGAAUGGUUACAAGGCAAAGGAUUGUGUGUAAAAUAAUUGUUUAUUAUCUUUUUGAGAAGUGAAUUCAUGAAUGGAUUGAACUAGUGAAUUAUUGGUGUGUAAUUUGUUGUAACUAAAGCCUCAAUUUAAGUCAACAUUCGUUUUUUAUUGGUGAAAUGUUCUGAAAAUAUAUUGGCAUAUGAUGAA